GAAUGGUUAGGAUUAAACAUCUAUUUAUUGAGCACUAAUCACGUAAUUAUUGCUCUAUAACCUACAUUGAAAAGGAAAGAAAUCGGAUAUCGAGGAAAAAUGGUUCCCAAGAUCAAUACAAAAUUAAUUAACCCUUACCCUUUCAAUAUCCUAUCUAGGGAAACCCUCCCCCGACAUAACCUCUCCCCGCGACGGAAUCAUCACCCUUCCGGCCUCCGUUACGAUUCCUCAACGACCAUCGGCGGCCCAUCCCAUUCGCCGGCCAUCCUCCGACUUCACGCCACAAGUCUAUCUUUUCGAUCGUCGACGCGAAGGGAUCGACAGGGAAGACGAUGACCCUCCUCACCUUUCCGGCGAAGAUGACGACCCUCCUACCCUUCCAGCGUUGGCCCUCCUCCCCUUUCCGGCGAAGACGACGAAAAAGAAUCUGAGUCAGAGCAGUGAGUUCCUCGAGAAGUUGUGGAGCGGCGUCGGAUGCACGCUAGGAAAGACAAAUCGCACGGAGCAGGGAGUAGAGCACGUUCCGGACUACAAGUGCGAGCGAUUAGGGUCCAUCAACUCUUAAUGUCGAGUUUCAACGAAAGUUAAAGAGGCUUGAGGUGGAAAAUUAUAUUGUAUUCAUUUGGUUAAUCAAAUUGAUGAAGAAUUUAAUGGAUGCAUAUUUUGGGAACUUUAAUGGUAUUUGGUGCUCUAUUUUCACAUUAGUCGUAU